AUGGCCGCUGGGCGCCAUGGGGGUUACAGGGACUACGAGGCGAGGGAGCGGGAGCUCGACGCGGAGGCCUCCAGGAGGAGCAAGGAGCAGCAGCACCAUCUCGGCGGCCGCCACCGCGACGUGGACCGCCGCCGCGAUGGCGGGCGCAGCAGGGGUGGUAGAGACUUCGCCAACGGCCACGGUCGCCGACGCUCGCCCCCGCCCAGGAGCCGCCUCGCGGGAAGGCUUGGUGACCGUGAGCCUGGCGAGGUGCUGAGCGGUAGCGCAUCUGAUGACUCCGGUGGGAGGCCGCAUAGAGGGAGGGAGAAUGGCGUGCUCGGUUCGAUCAGGGAGGGCGUUGUGGCAGUAGGCUCAGGGAUCUCGUCGCCGAGCAAGAAGAGGAAAUUCUCACCGAUAAUUUGGGACAGGGAUAGCCCAAAGCCACCACAUUCUGAUGCAACCAGGGACAAGAAAGUGGUAGAACCUGUGCCUUCUGAGCUCCCUCCGCCACCGCCACUGCCUCCGCAAGACCACAGCCCACUGAGGUUAGCUGUGGAGAAGUCACCUAUGGAUGCAGAGCCUACUGUUGGUACAGAGAGUGCUUUGCAGUUGCCGGAACAUGAGGUGAAUAAGGUGACAGAGCUGGAAGAGGAGUAUCCAACAAUGAGGAACAUAUCGACUUCAAGAUGGGCGGGUGCUAAUGAUGAUGAGGAAGAUGGGGCAGCUCCAAUGAAGAAGAAAAGUGUUUCUCCUGCAGACCCCUCUGUGGCAGGGCAGUGGAAAAGAGCAAGUCCAGAACCUGGUGAAGUCUCCGGAGGAAGGACAAUGUCUAGGUCAUCUGACUCAGGGAAAAUGGGUAAUGAUGAGAAAGUAGAUUUUGAGGUCGAUAAAGAUGACUAUAUGGAUGUCGACAGGGAGCAUGCUAGUGACAGUGAUACAGAAAACCAUAUGUCAGAUACUGACUCAGACAAUGAAAUACGCAGACCUGAAACCCCUGAGCCAGAGAAGCCACCGCACAGGUGUAUCAAUAUGCUUCAAGGUUGCAGAAGUGUUGAUGAGUUUGAGAGGCUCAACAAAAUUAACGAGGGCACAUAUGGUGUUGUAUACAGAGCAAGGGAUAAGAAGACAAGUGAGAUUGUUGCAUUGAAGAAGGUAAAGAUGGAGAAGGAGCGAGAAGGUUUCCCAUUAACCUCUCUUAGGGAAAUAAAUAUCCUCUUGUCUUUGCACCAUCCUUCAAUUGUGGAUGUUAAGGAAGUAGUAGUUGGAAGUAGUCUAGAUAGUAUUUUUAUGGUUAUGGAGUACAUGGAACAUGAUCUUAAAGGUGUCAUGGAGACCAUGAAACAACCAUAUACCCAAAGCGAGGUCAAAUGUUUGAUGCUUCAGCUGCUAGAGGGUGUAAAAUAUCUACAUGACAAUUGGGUACUUCAUAGGGAUCUGAAGACCUCAAAUCUUUUGCUGAAUAACCGUGGUGAGUUAAAAAUAUGUGAUUUUGGACUGUCUCGUCAAUAUGGGAGCCCAUUAAAACCUUAUACUCAACUGGUUGUGACUUUGUGGUACAGGGCCCCAGAACUGUUGUUAGGAACAAAGGAGUAUUCUACCGCUAUUGAUAUGUGGUCGGUGGGCUGUAUAAUGGCUGAGCUUCUUGCUAAAGAACCAUUAUUCAAUGGAAAAACAGAGUUUGAACAGCUAGAUAAGAUAUUUAGAACACUUGGCACACCUAAUGAGAAGAUUUGGCCUGGCUAUGCUAAAUUGCCAGGUGUGAAAGUAAAUUUUGUCAAACAACCGUAUAAUAGGCUAAGGGAUAAGUUCCCAGCUGCGUCUUUUUCUGGGCGACCAAUCCUGUCUGAAGCUGGUUUUGAUCUAUUGAACAGACUGCUAACUUAUGACCCUGAUAAGCGUAUAUCAGCAGACGACGCUCUGAAGCACAAAUGGUUCUCUGAAGUUCCUCUGCCUAAAUCAAAGGACUUCAUGCCAACAUUCCCUGCUCUUAAUGAACUUGACAGGCGUACCAAACGGUAUCUGAAGAGUCCUGAUCCUCUGGAAGAGCAACGUUUGAAAGAACUGCAAGGGAACAUAGGCAACCGCGGGCUUUUUGGCUGA